UUUACAUAGCUAGCUACCUUCACUUCGAUUAGAAGAAAACAAAGAGUGCUAGUUAGUGUGCUACUUUAACAAUGGCUACCAUCCUUGUCCCAGAUCAGGUUUCUGCUGUUGAAGAUGCAGAAGCUCUCAGGAAGGCUUGUCAAGGGUGGGGGACUAAUGAGAAGGCUAUAAUUUCAAUACUGGGUCACAGAAAUGCAGCUCAGAGGAUGCAAAUCAGGCUUGCUUAUGAGCAGCUCUAUCAAGAAGAUCUUAUCAAGCGUCUUGAAUCUGAGCUCUCCGGUGAUUUCGAGAGAGCUGUGUACCGCUGGAUAUUGGAUCCUGCGGAUCGUGAUGCUGUCUUGGCUCAUGUAGCCAUCAGGAAAACUAAGCCUGCUGAUUACCAUGUUGUCAUUGAAAUUUCCUGCACUCGAUCACCAGAGGAGCUCUUGGCGAUCAGGCGGGCCUACCAAGCUCGCUACAAGUGUUCCCUGGAGGAGGAUGUCGCUGCUCAUACCUCUGGCGAUGUGCGUAAGCUGCUUGUUGCCUUGGUGAGUGCAUUUAGAUAUGAUGGUGAGGAGAUUAAUGCCAGACUUGCUGAUUCAGAAGCCGAUAUUCUUCAUAAUGCUAUCACAAAGAAGGAGUUUAAUCACGAAGAUGUUAUUAGGAUUGUUAGUACAAGGAGCAAGACUCAGCUCAUGGCAACUUUCAAUCGCUAUAGGGAUGAUCAUGGCACUUCCAUCACUAAGAAUUUGCAGCUGGGUGAAUCAGGUGAUCAAUUCUUAGAAGCGCUGCGCACUACAAUUAGAUGCAUCAAUGAUCCAAAGAAGUACUUUGAAAAGGUUUUGCGCAAUUCCAUCAAAAAGUUUGGAACAGAUGAAGAUGGACUUACACGAGCGAUUGUGACAAGGGCAGAGAAAGACUUGAAGGAUAUCAAGGAGCUUUACUACCAGAGAAACAGUGUCCCCCUUGAGCAAGUUGUUGCUAAGGACACCUCUGGGGAGUACAAGGCCUUCCUUCUCACUCUCCUUGGGAAGGAAGAUUAAAAUCUUAGAUGUCAGAGACGAAGCAUCAAUGCAGUCUUCAAUAACCUAAAGUAUGCUGCUGGUUUUAAUUGGAUGUUUUUCGUGUGAGUUCUUGUUUUUCUUGGUUAUGGUAUGAACUAAGUGUUUUGAGUCAAGAUUGUCUCAAUUGAAGUGGAUGUUUUCCUUGCUCUUAUCUUAUUCACAAAAAAUUUCUAAAAACAUU